GCAAAUUGCAGCUCUAAUUGGUUUAGCAGAGUUUAAUUAGCCUGAACUGAUGAGAGAGGCGAGAUUCCCUCCUUAGAGGCAAGGAGAGGAGGAGAACGAAGCAGCUGGGGUUGUGUGAGGAGGGUGGCUGGCUCUUGAACCUCAGCCUGAGAUCCUGCUGAGCCCGAGCCGCAGCGGGACACCGCCCGACCCAGCACAAUGCCAGCACCCAGACGGAAAGGUGGGAUCUGCUGGCUGCAGCAGGGGAAGGAGGCCAAGUGUACCAUGAUCCUGAAGACAGGAGUGACGUGGGAGGAAUGCUGUGCCAACGGCAACGUAGAUGUUGCCUGGUCUAACUACACCUACCCAGGCAACAAGAUCAGUCUGCUGGGCUUCCUGGGGCUGGUGACUUGCCACCCCUGCAAAGAGAGCUGCGAGGGGGUGGUCUGUGGCCCCGACAAGGUCUGCAAGAUGAAGCAUGGGCGCCCCCAGUGUGCCUGUGCCCCUGACUGCUCCAGCCUGCCCCGCAAGCUGCAGGUCUGCGGCUCCGAUGGCUACACCUACCGCGAUGAGUGCGACCUGCUGACGGCCAAGUGCAGGGAUCACCCCGAUCUGGAAGUCAUGUACCAGGGCAAAUGCAAAAAGUCCUGCUCCAGCGUGGUGUGCCCUGGCACCCACACCUGUGUGGUGGACCAGACAGGCAGCGCCCACUGCGUGAUGUGCCGGACGGCUCCCUGCCCCGAGCCCACCAGCUUGGAUCAUGCCCUCUGCGGCAACAACAACGUUACCUACCCCUCGGCGUGCCACCUCCGGCGGGCCACCUGCCACCGCGGCCGCUCCAUCGGCGUGCGCCACUACGGGAGCUGCUCGGCUGCAGCCAGAUUCUCCUCGGAGACGGACAACGCGGAGGAGAACUACGUGUGAAGCCUCCCUCGGCGUGAGGCCGGACCCGGGAGACAGGGGCAUUAUUGUGUAUAUUGUACAAACCAUAUACCUGAUAUUUAUUAAGAUAAAAAGGAUCCUUAUUUAUACCUGUGUAUGUUACGCACUCGCAGGGAGGAGUGGGGGGAUGGGGGCUGUUCUCUGGCCCUGCCAGCUGGGGAGCAGGGAAGGGAGCUCCCGACCCGCACAGGUCAAAGCUCCACCGAGCCACCCCAGGAUGCUGCGGUGCUUGCUCAGUGCCCUCGCCCAGAGCUCAGCCACGUUUCUCGUGGCGUGGAGGGGGUGUCCAUGCUGCUGUGCGUUGCGGGGGUGGGGGGGGCCCUUCAACGUGUCCUUGGCCGGCAGCCCCGGACCUAUUUAUUUUUGGAUGGAAUUCUCAGUACUCUGCUGACGUUUCUGGCUGGGACCUCAAGGUCUAGAGGGAAUCUGCGAUUUCACCUUCCCUAGAGGGGCUCAGCCCCAGCUGCCAGUGGCAAGAGAGGCAGCAUGGGGCUGCAGUGGGUUGGAGGCAGACAGAGGUUUAUAUAUAUAUAUAAAAGAUAUAUAUGUAAGUUACUCUCUCCUAAACUUUCAGCAUCUGUGUGCUAAAACAGAGUCUGGUUUGUUUCCCUGGCCCGUUCAGAGCAGGUUCCUACCCAUCUUCAGAGGCGACACCAGUGCCCGGAGAGCUGCUGCGACGGCAGCCAGGCAGCGCUGCCCACCAUAAGCUGUGGCAACCCCCAGGGUACAACCAUCCUUUGAGAAAGCGCUGCCCAGAGCCCUCUCUUCCCACUGCCAAACCCUUUCGGAUAGCAGUGGUGGGUGAAGGGCAGGGCGGGGAGGAGGUUGCGGGAGGGGCGCGCAUAGCCCUGGGGGACACCACUGCUGCUGGGUGAAGCAACCUUGCAGCGCCCAGGACAGCGCUGGGCUCCCAACCCGACUGCCGCGGGGAGCGUGGCUGAGCAGAGGGUGACAAUAGAGGGCCUGAUGGCCCUGCCUAUCCUGCCUGGGCACCCCCCACUUCCCGCACUCCCUCACCCCCACCCCCGGCUCAGUUGACACCGUUUGUAUUUAUUUGUACCUCUUCUUUCUUCUCUGUGUGCUGUCACCUGUGUAAAUACCAUCUCCUCUCUGACACCAGCCAGCUGUUGCCUUUAUACAAAUGCCAUAUAUGUGAUAUAUAUAUAUAUAUAAAUACCCUAUUUUCUAUUUUUGUAUGGUUGCCUUCUGAUCCCUGAGGCAGAGGCUUGGGGAAGGCAGACACUUCCUGCACGCUAUCUCUAGGGGCAUUUUAUGGCUGUGUUACAGUUUGGAUCAUAAUUAAAUGAAUAAACGCU